ACAACUUUAAUAUCCCGGUGACCCAACUCACAAGUCAGUAGGUUUCAUUAGGGGUUGGAAUUGGUGAGGAAAAUAGGAAAGGAUAAUCAAAGGCAGAUUUGAACGAUGAGCAGCGACGGAGAAGAUGCAGCACGGCGUCGUAAUGCGGUGGCGGAUUAUCGAAAGAAGUUACUGCAGCACAAGGAGUUGGAAUCCAGAGUACGAGCUGUGAGGGACAAUUUGAGAUCUGCUAAGAAAGAAUUCAACAAGACAGAGGAUGAUUUGAAGUCUCUUCAAAGUGUUGGGCAGAUCAUUGGAGAAGUUCUCCGACCUCUUGACAAUGAGCGCUUGAUUGUCAAAGCAAGCAGCGGUCCUCGAUAUGUGGUUGGCUGCCGCAGUAAGGUUGAUAAAGAAAAACUGACUGCAGGAACUAGAGUGGUUCUUGAUAUGACAACACUCACGAUCAUGCGGUCUCUUCCACGUGAAGUAGAUCCAGUUGUUUAUAACAUGCUGCAUGAAGAUCCUGGUAAUGUGAGCUACUCAGCUGUGGGCGGUUUAUCUGAUCAAAUCAGAGAAUUGAGGGAAUCCAUUGAGCUACCUCUCAUGAACCCUGAGCUUUUCAUUAGAGUGGGGAUUAAACCUCCCAAGGGUGUGCUUCUUUAUGGACCUCCUGGUACUGGAAAGACCUUACUUGCUAGAGCUAUUGCAAGUAACAUAGAUGCCAACUUUUUGAAGGUUGUUUCAAGUGCCAUUAUUGACAAAUACAUUGGAGAAAGUGCUAGGUUGAUACGAGAAAUGUUUGGAUAUGCACGAGAUCACCAACCCUGCAUCAUUUUCAUGGAUGAGAUUGAUGCCAUUGGUGGACGUCGUUUCAGUGAAGGAACCAGUGCUGAUCGUGAAAUUCAAAGAACACUGAUGGAGUUACUUAAUCAGCUUGAUGGAUUUGAUCAGCUUGGGAAGGUCAAAAUGAUAAUGGCAACAAACAGACCUGAUGUUCUCGAUCCUGCUCUUCUUCGUCCAGGGAGGUUAGACAGAAAGAUAGAGAUUCCAUUGCCAAAUGAACAGUCAAGGAUGGAAAUUCUUAAAAUUCAUGCUGCUGGCAUUGCCAAGCAUGGAGAGAUUGACUAUGAGGCUGUUGUGAAACUUGCAGAGGGUUUUAAUGGAGCUGAUCUCCGCAAUGUUUGCACCGAAGCAGGAAUGUCAGCAAUUCGAGCAGAACGUGAUUACGUCAUCCAUGAAGAUUUUAUGAAGGCUGUCAGGAAGCUUAAUGAGGCAAAGAAACUUGAAUCAAGUGCACAUUAUAAUGCUGAUUUUGGGAAGGACUAGAAGCCGUUUCAUUUGUGGCCAUGGAGUUGGAGGCAGUGCAUUUAUUUCUAAUGCAUACGGUGCAUUGUUUUUUAGCGACACUAUCACAGUUUACAGAUUUCCAAGUCAUGGAUUUUCACUCUUGAAACUUUCAAGUAUUGUACUGCAUCAAUCUUUUGAACAUGUUGAAAUUGAAUUCCGGUUGUUUCCGAAUGACAUAUUUGUAGUUAUUCAUAGAAUUCUACAUGGCUUUUCCAAUUCCCAUGCCUAUAUCCUUGUACUUCGGCAGUUGAUUUGAAGCAUGGCAGUGAUUUGGAACUGCCGCCAUC